CCCUAAUCUUGAUUGCCAUGGGCAACCCAAUCAGAAACACACAGAAUGCAGUACUGGACACAUCCCAUCCCAGUGUAGCAUAGCCAGAGAGCACAGACACUUCAGUGAAAGGCCAUCGCAGUAGUGUGAUUCCGCCAGCAUGGCUCACCUCUCCCUUCUCCAUCUGGUCCUCCUGAAUCUGCUCCAGCUGUGCAUUCUUACAGAAGCUCAAAGCUCCACACCCCCAGCUCCUAAGACAACCACCCAAGCUACAGAAGCUCAAAGCUCCACACCCCCAGCUCCUAAGACAACCACCCAAGCUACAGGCUUCAUCGAUCUCCCUGCUUCUGUGGCCAUUUUGGAAAGUACCCGUCCCAGGAGUGUGGUAGUGGAGUUUCGAGUGCAGAGUGCUGACCCCAGUCCCACCGUGGAGAUAGUUUCUCUCAUACCAGAGUCCAGAGUGUUUGAGACACCCAUUGUCAGUCAGGUCAAUGCCUCCAACAUCUUCACUGUCCAGAUUGUACUGAAUGACUCACUGGAUUACGAGACAGUGGGCCUCCACAGUGUGCGUCUGGCGCUGGUCACUGCGGGUGGCCGUGUGGAGCAGACCUUUCACGUGCAGGUGAUCGACGUGAACGAACCACCGCAGUGUCAGCCUUUGUUUCAGCUACCAGAGGAUGGGAUUAUUACAACUGCCUUCAACCUGGACCUGGAGUCUGACCGGUCCCUGGAGCAGAGAGUCCUGCUGGUCAGGGCCUUCAGUGUGUCCGAGGGUCGGCGUGGGACUGCCACAGUCACCGUCAAUGUGCUGGAUGUCAACGAGCAUGCUCCCUUCUGCGUCCCCUCUAUCUUUGUGUUGACAGUGCCAGAGACUACAGAAAUAGGGAAGAGCCUGGGAACAGUGAUGUGUGGUGACAUUGACAUCAGCAACCACAAUGUGUUACUUACACUGCGUGACAACGAUGCUUCACUCUAUAAGUUCCGCCUUCAGGAUGGCCAGCUUCAGGUGAAUGGUACUCUGGACUAUGACACGGCAAGAAUCGCCACCAACAGCUUCCAGUAUGAGGCCACCAUCCUGGUCACUGACAGCAGAGCUCCGCCCCUCACAACGGUCAUCCCGGUUAUGGUCACCGUGACACCGGUCAAUGAGUUUGACCCCCAGUUUGUGGGUCCGUUUGAGAUUGUGGUCCCGGAGGACGCUCAGUGGGGGUCUGUGGUUGGGACAGUGAAGGCCAUGGAUGCAGACUGGAGGUUUGAUGCCCUGCUCUACUCCCUCCCUGGAGGAGACGCCCUCUUCUCCAUUAACCCUGUAGGAGGACAGCUGUACCUCAAAGGAAGCCUGGAUUUUGAGGUUAAGGAAGUGUACAGUCUGAGGGUGCAGGCUGUGGAUUUUGGCCAAGACGUGGAUCUCACUGUUCAGAGGACUGGAGCUGUGGAUAUCACCAUAAGAGUACAGAAUUUGAACGAUAACCCCCCGGUGUGUGACCCUGUCUCCUAUGAGUCCAACAUCUUCUCCACCCGCUCUGCAGGGCUUCCUAUCCUCACCCUGAGCUGCACUGACAGGGAUAGGGAUCCUCUCACUGCCACCAUCACCAAUGGCGCUGCGGUCGACCGUUUCCAGAUGAACGGUUUAACCCUGUCCUCCAGAAACGCCUUCUCUUAUGUACCGGGUGCCGUGUAUGACCGCACAAUGUUCGAAGUCACCAUCGCGGUGUCCGAUGGCAAGCACACCACCGAUGUCGUGGCCUAUAUCUACGUGGUUCCAUGGACCACCACUGUGCCUACCACCACCACAACCACCACGCCUAAGCCUCCUCAGGUGGUGACUGUAGUGCAGGAGUUUUGGGACCCGGACCGGUGGUUUGUGGUGGUUCUGACUAUAACUGGGGCCUUGCUCCUGCUCUCUCUGGCCCUGCUCAUCUGGAAGAUCCUGACAUGGACUUCAGUUUGUGCGACAACAGACCCAGAAGCAUCAGACAAUCUGCUGAAGAACAGCCUGGAUAGUGAAGAACCAAGGAAGCAAGAUGCAGCCAAUCAGAACUAUCAGUCAUCACUAGAUGGCACCACUAGCCUUCCCAAAGAAGACUCGCAGAAAACCCUCAUGAGAUUUGAUGGGAAAGCUGAAGAUCCAGUGUCUGGACGGAGCUAUCUGUUUGACUCCAAAACGGGGGAGAGGCGCUGGCUGUAAUGGACCCUCCUGUUCUCUCAUUUCACACCAGAAAUGGAAAGCACUG